GCACCCCAUGGAUAAGGCGGGCUCGCUGCACAGCUCGGUGCCCGGACCGCCGCCCCGGCUCUACCUGCCGCGCAACUUCAGCUGCAGCGCCUGCCUCUAUGGCAGCCUGGCCGAGCAGUGCAGGGCGGGCUGCAGCCCCGACGGCGACGCCGCGCCCACGCCCGUGGUGCGGGAAGCGGCGGGCGAGAAGCCGCCGCAGACCCGCGGCCGGGAGCCCACGCUGCCCGCCGUGCCCCCCAGCCCCACGCAGCGCCGCCGCGCCAAAUCUCUGCCCACGCCCGGCGACCGCAGCCUGCGCCCCGCGCUGCAGCAGAGCCCGUCGCGCCGCAAGAGCGUGCGGUUCGCCGACUCGCUGGGGCUGGAGCUCACCUCCGUGCACCUCUUCUGCGAGGCCGACCUGCCGCGGGUGCCGCUGCCCGCGCCGCCGACGCCGCGCCCCGCCGACCUCUUCAAGACCAGGAAGCCGCCGGCGCUGGGCGAGCUGGAGCCGGUGCUGUUCGGGCCGCCGCCGCCGCUGCUGGAGCCUCUGUUCCCUCCGCAGCCCGGCGCCAGCCCCGGCUUCGCGGAGCGGGUGCGGCAGCACAAGGUGAGGCUGGAGUGGGUGCGGGCAGAGCCGGCGGCGCUGCGCGGGGCCGUGCGCGUCCUCAACCUCGCCUACGAGAAGGUCGUGUCGGUGCGCUACACGCUCAACGGCUGGGCCAGCUGCGCCGAGGCCGCCGCCACGUACCAGCCGCCCGGGCCGGCCGACGGCAUCACCGACCGCUUCGCCUUCCUGCUGCCCCUGGGCGCCGCCGCCGCCGACACCGCGCUGGAGUUCGCCGUCCGCUACCGCGUCGCCGGCUCCGAGUACUGGGACAACAACGAGGGCAAGAACUACCGGCUGCGGGGCCGGCAGCGCGUCCCGCCCUCCGCGGGACCCCCGCAGGACCCCGACAGCUCCGCCUGGAUCCACUUCAUCUGAAAGCGGGGCAGCGCGGGGUCGGGGGGGCCCUCCCGGGGCGCUCGGUGCCCUCCACCCCGCCGCCUGCCCCGCGGGCCGCCCGGAGUUUUCCCGAGUUCUGUUUACAGAGGGGUGAUUUGUGUUUUCCGUGUCACUAGCGGGGCCGGGGGGAACCUUGGCUCGCCUCCCGGGCGCUCACGGGGUGUAGGUAAGGGAGGCCGGGCGCGGGUUCCCCCUCAGAGCGCCGUGGCUUCCACCAAAGCAGCGGCUGCCGGCCGGGCUCCGGUGACAGCGGCCGGGAAUGUGCGGGGUUUGCCGGGCAGGACCGGGAUCCGCAGGUGAGUGCGCAUCCUCCCGGCCCCGGAGGUGAGGCCGAGCUGCCGUCACCUCAGCAGGUUCCACAGGGCAUCCUCCCGUCCUGUUUGCCUGAUCCUGUUCAAGCAAAGCCUGGAUCCGCCCUCAGCGCCUCGCUGACCCACUCGUGUUAAUUGUCCCGCGGGGUCAAGGGCCUGAUAGCGCAGGCUAAGGGGCAGAUUAGUUUAGAACCCAAACAGACAAAAGUACGGAUGCCCCAAGGCGUAGCUGUGUUUCAUUAUGCAGUGAAAGUGUUCGAUUUCAAGCAAAGUUGUUGGGUUUUUUUGUUUCUGUGGGGUUUUUUUUGUUUGUUUGUUUGUUUUUUAAAAUUUGAACCCUAUUUCGGGUAUUUAAUAACAGUUGGAAAGGAAAAAAAAAACAGCAUCACAUCCUAUUUGAAAUGCAGCUCACUGAGGGAUUUUUAAAAGAAAGUGUUUUGGCUUAGAAUUCGUGUGGUACGUUGAUGGAAAAUUGUGUCAGGAUCUGGUGUUUGUUUCAGUAGGAUCGGUCCCACAAAGCUGCUUGUGUUCAGGUCAGCAGGAAAGUCGUGGAAUUGCACCAAAGGAACGAGAGACGGCAAGCGUUGAAUCCGUAAUUCCAGUCUGCCUCAUGAGCAACACCUUCAUUUUUAUUCCUGUUAACAGUUUAAUUAAACAGUACCAGUGUAGGAGCUGUCUGAAUUUCCUCCUCCAAAUUCUUCAUAAUAAUUUCAGUAAGUGAUGGAUUUCACAAAAGUGGUGAGGUUUAAUCAGACAAAUCAAGGAAAGAUCUACCUUGCCCUAUAAAAGUAUAUCAAUCAAAAUUACGCAGCAUUCUGACUUCUGCCUCCAAAGGUAUGUUUUAAAUUAUAUUAGCACUAAACAAAGCCUUUUCCUUUUUAAACAUGCUUUUUCAGGGGUUCAGCUGCUUACAGGUUGCACUGGUGCCAAAUCUGGGUGCUAAUUUUCCAGGAUUGAGGCAUGUGUGUGUUUGCUGGAGAGGGGCCUCUGCAAAUAUAACUUCUGAGAGUGGUAAAACCCUCUCAGUGUGAUUUUCUGGUUGUGAAGGGCUGUAAGAUCAGGCCCUUAGGGUUUGGAUUUUCUGUAGGUUGUUUUGGGAUGAGAUGCGAUUUUUUUAACUGCAUUUUUGUUUCUUGGAAGAGUUAAGUGUCCCAAGUAUCUUGGUUAAUAUCUGGAAUAAUGAGUUCUCACAGAACCUUUUGACUCUGGUGAGAGUUGAGAGCAGUUUUGUCCCCUGAGAGUCUGAUUCAGUCAGAAUAAUUAAACUUCUAAAUUCUGCAGGAGAAAAGAAGCCUGGAAAUUCAAUGGGAAAAGAGUAUUUAAUUUCAUUUCUAUAGAUUACUGAUUCAGAUUUAAUGGAAGUAAUAGCAAGACUGCUUUUUGUAGUAUUGGUAUCUUGGUUUUAAUUUCCCAGUCCGUGUUCUAAUCCCUGAGCUUUAAUGAAGCCCAACUUAACAGAAAUACACUGUCAGCAUCUACUGAGUAUUUCACAUUUUAGUAUAUUAAUGUCCCCAUCUUGUGAUACAGUAAUCCUGUAAGUUACUAGAACACAUUUAUAAAGCUAGAAUUGCACAACUAGGGUCUUAAAAUGUUAAUGAUUAAAACACAUUAAGUGGUGUAUUUGAUAAAGCAAGCCCAAGUGUCUUUUAGUUGAACUUUACAUUUUAUAAGAGCCUUAAUACUGGAGAGAAGGAAAAGGACUUGUCUCCAUUUGAAAGCACUUUGAAAUUUGGUAGAAAUACAGCGAACCAUCAUUUAUUUAUGUGUUGUAGCUUCCCAGAGCUUGGCCUUUUUAACUGACAGAGUGAACCAACAGCAGUUAUGUGGACUAAUGAAAAUGCUUGGAGGAGAAAGUAGUUUCUAUGCAUUUUAGAUCAACUGAUGCUGCAACUUUGCUUAUGAAGUUUUAACAGGAUUUUCUGUUUAUUGUUUCAAUGGCUUUAAAAAACACGGACAGUGCUAACACUGAGCAAUUCUAGAACUCCAAAAUUAUUUUCCAGUGAUUGGCAGUUUUCACUGUUGGUUGAUUUAUGCAGCAUAUAUAAGUCUCUAAAGUUUCUCUAAAAGUAUCCAAAAAUAUAUUAAAAUCUCCUUCUAGUACCUGUGGCUUAAACACUUUCAAUUUGGAUUACCUAAGUGGAUGUAACUGCAUCAAGUGUUGUUGUAUUUCACUUUAUUUUUGAUCAUGGCUUAGGUGAACUUACUGUUGUUCUUGGUUGGAAUUUUACAGGCAGAAUUGGGCUAUGGCUUUAUAAUACCAUUCAGGUAUUAUUUUUCUUUUAUUUAUGGCCCCCUUUGUCAAACACAAAUCUGAAUAUUCAAGCUUUUGACAUUGUAGCGUACCAGGAGAGUGUUUUGCAAAACAGUCUCCUGAGCUUUCAAGCAGUUAAUUCUGACCUCAACCUAAAUUUUGUGAGUAACUUUAUGGUUUUGAUCAGAGGUUAUUGAUGAGACACAUGCAAGUCCAGUAAAAGACGUGGUCUUGUAGAAGAUUUAGAGGCAGCUCUAUUGUAAUGCCUGGGAAGGGAAGGCUGCACCCAGGCAGCUUUGACCAGAGAAUGCUAAUGAUGAAGUCUGUGGAAGGAGAUUGAGGUGUUUUCAUAGAAAUUAUCAGUAGCAUAUGCCAAAGCUGCACUACUUUGGUUACACAUUUGCACUUCUGUCACAUGAAUUUAUUUCUGAGAAAGGUUUAUUCACAUUUCCAAACACACGUUCAGUCCAAUGGCGGGGAAUGGCUUUUUCCACUGGCAGCAUUCAUGUAGUUUUCAAUCCAUUAGAUUUCAAUCUGAGCCCAUCUAUAAUACUGUAAUACUUGCUAGAAGCAUAGUGAUAAGUGGACAUGAAAUAGAAAUGUCAAAUGAUAUUUAUAUAAUACAUAAACAAUGACUUUGAGGAGAAAAACCCGUGCUGAAGGGGGGUCAAGUCGGCAGGACACCAAUUAUUGGGAGCUUGAGCAAAACAUCUUUUAAAGAUGUUAAAGCUUAUAUUUCUAAAGAAUAUUGUUCAAGAAAAAAACUUUCACAAGAAAAGUUAAGUAUUUGAAAAUUUUCCAGCCAGUCUGUUUCUGGAAAAAAUGUAUUUCUAUGCACGAAUGGGGUCAAUGCCACCUCCCUUUCCAAGUGACACCAGAAUGGUUUAGGCAAGGCAAUAAUCCUUAGGUCAUGUACUUCACUUGUAAGUGAAUUAUUCAUUGCUUAUGUCUCUGUAGGUGUGAAAACGUGUCUGUCAUUUAUGGUGCAAAGUUGUAGCUUUAUGAAAUGUGCCAUGUUGUUUUAUGUGCACUAUAAUGCUCAUUUAUACAGCGAGUUGAGUUGUACUGUAUGUCUGAUAGAUGUGGAUGUUUGCUGCUUCACACUGCAACUGGUAAGGUUUUUGCAUGUGAUUCUAUGCCUUCUGUGGCAAUAUUUUGGAGAUUUACCCUAAUUAUUAGAAAUCCUAAAACAAAUGAGAACUAUUAAGUGACUGUAAAUGGAAUUUCAGCUAGCUAAAUGUAUUAUUUAUUAGCAUAAUAUCGGUAACUAAAGGUGGUGUACUUAUUUUCAUGAACUGUUCAUAAUUUCAGGUAAAUUAAUUUUUUUCUCCUUUUAACAUUUGCAAGUAACUUUUUGAUGUGAAUGUGUGUGCCUCAGUAUCUCAGUAAACUACAGAGUAAGUGCACACUCAGUUGUUUCAGCAGAUGUGAGGGGCAAAUAUAUCACUUGAAUGAACAAAUGUCUGUUGAUGCAUGAGCAUCAUCCCUUUACAGAUACAUGAAUUGUUUUUCCAUAAUGCCAACAGGCAAGCAGCUGCUAAUUUUAAUGGGAAGUAACCUGCAGAAAUAUGCAGAAUCUGUUUUUUUUAACAUAUCAUAUAUUAAAAUUUUUAUGUGCCUUUUAGCAUUUCCUAGAAAUAAAGCUCAUGUGUUCCUUAGCUCUCCCACCACAAGUCCACUAAUGAACUUGUCAUUAAAAUGAAGUUUUUACAAAAAUAUAAUGAUCCUAAUUCCUGACACAUUUUUAGUUGUGCCAGGAAUCAUGUAUCUAUAGCAGCCUGAAGAAUUUGAUAAUAUUUUCCUAUAUUACAGUGGAAGAAAUGUCAGUCAAAAAUAUAUCUUCCUGGUACACCUCUACAUUUAUGUAGUUAACUUAAAAAGAAACCAGUUGUGACUAGAGUUAAUAUAACAGAAUAUAUUUGUUGUACAUAUUCACCUCUUGCACAAAUAUUCUAAAUAUAUGUUCUAUCUGAAGCCAGAAGUUCUAGUUUUUUAUGAGAUCUGUUGGUGGAGACCUGGCCUUUUCAACUUUUACUGUUACUUUUCUGACGCUGCAUAAUGCAUAUUGUUAAAAUUUUUGGAUGGAUUUAAUCUGUCGGCAAGGUUUAUAUCAUGAAACAAAAGUGCUCAGUGCAAGGAAUAUCUGAAGUGAAUUACUUUUACCUUCCAGCUAUUCUGCAUGGCUUUUUGGCAAAUCCUCAGUAAUUCUGUUUCCUGUAGGCACUCCAGGUGCCCAUGCUUGGAGUAAAUGGAAGGAUUACUUCAUGGAAUGGAAAUAUUUUUGAGCACUGAAAUUAAGGAUUUUCCGACAUAAAGAGUUCAAGGCAAGAAGUAAAUAUAGUCAAUAUCGCUGUAAAACAAAGUCCACCUGCCUUAUGUAGAGCUGAUCAGUGUUUUGUUUGAAAUGGAAGACAGUGGUAUUCCAAAAUCAAACAUGAUCAGGGAAACACACCUGAUUCACUGGAGGUUUUCUCAGGUUCAGCUGAUAGGAGAGAAUUGCCCUAAAAUGAAGAAGUGAUAAGAGUGUUUCCUUACAUCUCUGCAUGGGCUUGAAUGUAGGUCUUCCAUGAGCAAAAUGAGCUAUAAAACCAUUGGCUAUUGCUUGGAGGUUUUCUUUAUCCAGCUUACAAAUACUGUUUGAAAGUACCCUCAGAAGGAAGAUUUUUGACCCUGGGUUUCCCCAUCUCAUGUGAAUAUCCUCUUCAUUAAUCACUCUGGCUUUUGCUUGAGGCCUCUGUUGUUGAGGUAAGAUUUGAUUUUAUUUUUAUGCUGCAUAGGAAGAUUAUUUUACAUUAGAUUUUUGGAGGGGAAGGUAGGGAAAUUUUUUCCUUGCAAUUUUCUUUUUUUUUUUUUUUAGAUAUUAAACAGUAGCAUGAAGUAUAAAAAUUGCUUGAAAUUACAUAUGCACUAGUGAUUCCAAAGAAUAUAGCUAAGAAUAAUGUCAAGUGUGAGAUGUGCUUUUUAAAAAACAUACGUGCUUUGAUCUAGAAAGGCAGGGAGAAAGUCCUAGUCUCCAGUGUAAGCUAUUAAUGCCAGGGAUUUCUUUCUAUGCAAUUCUAUGGUGCACCUGUUUUUAUAGGGAUUAAAUUGAUUGGUGUAGUUCAUUUAUCAGUGUGUUAUGUGUAGAAUACUCUGUUUAAAGUGUCAGUAAGGAAAUUGUGUGUCUUAAAUGGUGUUACAACUUUAGGCUCUUUUUUUUGUCCAACCUGACUUCACUAAAUCAUAAGAAACUCCUCUGAAUAACAAUGAUGAGACAAUAUUUCAUAACAUUGCAUAAUCGAGUCUCACACGUUACACUUAUCACCUCCUAGGAAAAAAGUUGUGUUACUGUUGUGAAUUUUAAAAUUUUUGUAUUUCUGUAUCUUAAAAAGCCAAUUCGUGCUACACUUUUAAGCACAAAGAGCUAAUAAGUGUGUUUUUAAAGCUGAUCGAAAGUAGUCAAACUAAAAUUGGCUGGGAUUACUCGUGUGUCAAGUUUCUAAACUGUGGUGUAAAAAACGUUUGUGUACCUCCUGUGCCUCCUUCGUGGAGGGGCACCCUGGGUGCAAAACCUGCCAACAUCUGGACGUGAAUCCAGGUUGCACUGCAGGAAAAUUGCUGGGACAGAAUUGCUGUUCUCAGAGAGGUUUGAACAAACCCAACUCCUCCCUUGCAGUGUUACACAAAUGGAGAUUCUGUCUGUUGAAGAGAGUGUUCUUCAACAUGCAGGUUUUUAUUACUGUUUCUUUGAUUUACUGUGACUUCAUUCUGGAAAAAAAAUUAUGUUACUUAGCUCUGUACUUGACUAGUAAAUUACUUUUGGUUGUAGCGUCUUCUGCAAUGUUGAUAUUUCACCAAAUAACGUUUGUUUCUAAUGUUUGUAAAAGUUAACGUACUAUCACCAAAAGUCAAAAUCAACAUUUUCUAAUAAUGCCUUGUAAUUUACCUAGCCUUACAGUAUUUCAGAAAAUUUUCCACCAAAACUGCUUCUAGUCACUGCUUGUCACAAUUAUGAAAAAGAUAUAUUUAUAAACCUGUAGCUUCUAGCUGCCAUUAAAGAUUAUUGAGACAAAUCAUGAGCAUGUGGCGACUAUAAACAUUUUUUUUUCUUAAACCCACAAACCAUGAUGUCUUUUUUUGUUGAGGAUCUGAAGCAAUGACGUUCC